UGGACCUGUGCCGCUCAAUUGAGUGUGAGCAGGGACCGGCAGACCUUGGACACUCGAGCUCGAGUAGGAAAAAAUCAACAGAUUUCAGUUUCGAUAGAGUGAAAGAGAGUCUCGAUGGAGAACGCAUCGUUUGAAUCUAUUAAGGACUCCCUGGUGAGCCAAUCAUGGCCAGAGAUGUGGAAGGCCAUUCUGGCAAUGGUUGUUGUGGCGGUGGUGACAGUCAAAGUGUUGGGUGGGAAGCGAGAUGACAGGAAAUACCCACCGGGUCCAAAGCCAUUGCCAAUCAUCGGAAACAUGAAUCUUCUAUUCGGCGAUGUCCUCCCCAAGAAGUUGGCGGAACUGGCCGUGGCCAACAACUGGCCCAUCAUGACCUUCAAGCUCGUAAACAAGCAGAAAGUGUUCGUGGUAUCAUCUCCUGAAGUCACGAAGGAGGUUCUGGUGACUCAAGGCCAAGUCUUUGCGUCUCGAUCGCCGCCGACCUUCGCACAGAGGUACAUGGUAUACGGCGAAGAUGGUAAGGAUGUUGGUGUGCUGUUCACUCACUACAGCCAGACAUGGAGAACUAACCGGAAGCUCAUGACCAUGGGACAGGCCCAGCACAGGAAAAUUCAUGGUGACGCUUUCAUUGUAGACCUGCUGCAGGUGCUCUAUAAGGAGAUCGAAACUGGCAAGGGAGCUUUGAGCAGGAAUGGCGAGCAACCUUUUGAAAUCCGGACGAUGGUCUGCCGAGUUUUCCUUCUGAGAAUCUUUCUGGUCUUCAUGUUCGGGCCCGGAGCUGAGAAAUAUGGUGAAGAGCUGAAUGCCCUCAAUGAUACUAUGUUCUACUGUCUGGAUAUGUCGGAAUUCGCCAAAUGGUUCUUCCCCAUGUUCGAGCCCAUUUUCGAUCUAUACUGGGGCAGGAUUGUCACCAGGAGGUGCAUGAACUCCAAGUUCCAUAUCCUGGAGCAGAUUUUCGAUGACCGAGCUAAGUAUGGCGGAGAGAAGUCAUGGUCCUUCUGUGAUAUUCUCCGCGAUGCAGAGAAGGAAGGAGAGAUUUCAGCAAACAAUGCCAUGCACCUCCUCGACGAGGUCAUCUUUGCAGGUCAGGAAACGACGGCCAAGGCCAUAGAAGGAGCGUUCAAGGAGCUGGCCCAGCGGCCUGAUAUCCUGAAGAAGAUCCAAGAGGAGAUGGAUCGUGUGAUCGGAAAGAAGCCCUUCAGACUCGACGAUGUAGAGAAGCUUCCUUACUUCCAGGCAUUCAUCAAAGAGUGCCUCAGACUCCACCGCACUCUCACAAUCCUCGUACCCCAUAUGAAUAUGGAAGAUGUUAAGCUGGGUGGAUAUGACAUUCCGAAGGGAUCUUCGAUCUGGAUCAACGUCUGGGCCAUGGCUCACGACCCAAAGGUCUUUCCCGAUCCUUUUGUACUGAAGCCCGAAAGGUUUCUCAACUGGGAUGUGGGUCUGGCUGGUGAAGAUCCAAAGUACAUUGUCUUUGGCGCAGGGCGAAGAAUGUGCCCUGGCACUCCACUUGCCAUGAAUUGCACCCAUAUGAUCGUUGGAAGCCUAGCUCAGAGGUAUGACAUGAGAUUCCCCACGGACUGGACAAAGGACAAGGUCACCAAAUUCGGCUUCAUUCCCAAGGAACGUGCUUUAGAGAUUUGCUUCACUAGGAGAGCAGGAUUUUAGGUUCUAGCUAGGUUCUACAGGCUGUCCAUGUUCGACGUUGUGAUGAAGGUCGCAUCAGAAUGCUCCUUUGAUAUAGAAUGCAGUGAAAGAAGCGAGUACAUUUAGAAUAUAUUCAUCGUAAAGGCAUCUAGUUUAUCUUAGCCAUCUAUUGCACCUGCCACCUGAAGCGGCUCGAGAAGCAGUGAUGAUUUAAUCAUUUGAUGCACUAUCACAGUCCACUAUCAUUUGAUUACCUAUUGGAGCUUCGAUUGAAACCUGAUGUACGGCGAGUUAUUCACUAUCAAUAUGGAAGCGAAGAUCUGAAAUGAUUCUGU